AUGUCCAAUCUUCUGCAAAAGGACCAGGAGAGGGAUGCCUCGGUCCGCAACAGGACGGCUAAGUUUCAGAGUCAAACCUCUGACUCUGUGAGUGGAGGAAAAAGAAAUGGAGAGGAACAAGGAGGACGAGGUGUUCGGGGGAUCUGGAGAGGCCAAGCUAGAGGAAAAGGGGUCGAAAGACGAGGGGGUGUAGGAGGAGGUGGGUCUAAAGAAGACACAGAUGAUGGUGGGAGAAAAGGGAGACAUAAAACUCUCCCGGGGCAUCGCAAAAGUGACACAGAUGAAGAUCCUGGAGCUUGUCAACCUCACGACCCAGACCUCUUCUCUUACAUAGACCCCUCACACCCCAACUCUCUCUUCACCGGCCUGAAGAGCCUCCAUGAGGAAGGACUGCUCUUAGAUUUCACCAUCACCCUCCAAGGAAACCCUUUUCGAGCUCACAGGCUUGUGCUUGCAGCUGCCAGUGAAACUCCCGAGGUGUUUUUUUCCCUGUCAAAACAGGAUGUGGAGAACUUGGAGGGCCUUUUGACCCCAGCUGGGCUCAAGGCGGUUUUGAGCUUCGCCUACUGCGGAGAUGUGGCCAUGGAUUUGACCAAGGAGGGGGUGUUGGAGGAAGUGUUGAAUGCAAGCAGGUGCCUGCGGAUGGACAGGCUGAGUCACCUGUGCACGGCAAAGGUCGCGACCUCUGCAGCGGCAGAGAGAGAGAGCAGCCUGGCGGUCAUCAGGGAAAUGUGGGAGAGGGGAGUGGGCUGUGACGUCACGAUCCAGGCGGAGAGCGGAGAGCGAUACCCAGCACACCGUGUGGUCUUGGCAGCAGCUGGGGACUACUUCCGGGCUCUGCUCUGCGGAGGCUUACGAGAGUCUAGUGAGGAGGUGGUGUGCCUGCGUGGCGUGGUGCCCUGGGUCAUUGAAUCCAUGUUGGGCUUCUUCUACACGGGCCGGCUCAGACUGGGCUGGGGACGGAUUUGGGAGCUCACAGAGGCAGUGUUUCAGUUCCAGCUGCAGGGGGCACUCUCGCUAUGCAUUGACUUCCUACAGGACAGAAUGGACGAGAGCAGCUGUCUGGAUGUGCUCGUAUUGGCUGAGACCUACGGGCUGAGCCAGCUGGGGCAGGCCGCUGAGAGCUACAUCCUCACCCACUUCCAGGGCGUCUCUGCAGGGGAGAAGUUCAAGGACCUCCCCUGUCCUCUCCUGGAGAGGCUGCUAGAGAAGGACUCACUGUGUGCAGAGAGUGAGAUGGUCGUGUUCGGGGCAGUGGUGAGCUGGGUGAAGGAGAACCACAGGGAGAGACUUCCCUUCCUCCCGGGUUUGCUCCUGCGAGUUCGCCUCCCUUUACUCAGCUGCUCUGAGCUCCAGGAGGCCCUGAGGUGCAGCCUCCUAUCCAGGAGCGCUGAGGGGAGAGCAGCGAUGAAGACCCUCCAAAACCUCUUGAAGGGGGAGUACAGAGGGCCUGAAUGCCGCCCUCGCACCCCAAACCAGGUCCUGGUUCUGGUCGGUGGGGACACCGUAGAUGAGGAUUUCAUGAAGAGGGUUCCCAGCCGGACCUUGUGGUACGCUGAACGGUUCCACAGCGGUCCCGGUCUGAUUAGGAACAUAGAGUGGAGGCCGUUUGCCCAGCUGCCUGAACCGGCCCGAUUCAGGCACUGCAUCUGUAUCCUCAACAACAAACUGUACGUCCUCGGGGGACGCAAGUACUACGGAGCGCUGGACGUCCUCAGAUCUGCGGUGAGGUUUGACCUGGCCCAGUGCAAAUGGGAGCGGCUCCCUGACAUGCUGUGUCAAAGGGACUACUUCUCCGCUGUGUGUGCAGGAGGGAAAGUCUUUGCCCUGGGUGGUAACCGUGACGACAGCCAGUACCUGGAUGUGGUGGAGUACUACACUCCAGAGGAAAACACCUGGAGGCUGGCUCAGCCUCUGGAGUCAGCUGUCUGCGGCCAUGCUGCCGCUGUGCUGGACGGGCAGAUCUACAUCUCUGGGGGCUGUGACCUCCGGCAGUGCUGCCUCUCCUCUUUGUGGUGCUAUAAUCCCUCCCUUGGCUGUUCUCCCAGGGCACCCAUGACUGUGGGGGUCGGACGUGCCGGCCACACCAUGUUAGCAUUGGGGAGGAGGUUACUGGUGGCUGGAGGGCUACAGCCGCUCUGGAUGGGCUUUGGAGACCAGCUGCUCUGUGAGCUGUACGACCCCACCCAUAACUCCUGGUCGUCCAUCCCCGCGCUGCCUCGCCCUCACCUGUCACCAGGGGCAACUGUACUCGACGGACGUUUGUACCUCGUGGGUGGGUCGUCAGCGAACACAGCAAGGGACACCAAGUGGGUGCACCGUUAUGACCCCCAUGAGCAGUGCUGGGAAAAGCUGGGUGCCAUGCCACACCCAUACACCGAUCUGGCAGCUUGCUCACUGCAGCUCCCUCAGGCCCUGCUCGGGUAG